CCUCGCGGAAAAGAAAGACGACGACCCUGGGCUGUGGAGCUCAGGGUCGAGACUCGGGUAUCGCGCUUUCUGUCCAAAUUACUGCCCCGUGCGAGAUCGUCGCCGCGUCUCCAGAGGCUACGGAGCUGCGGCCGGACCUCGAAAACCAAUGGGAGCUCCCGCAGCGGCGCCUACGCCGCCCACAGGUCGUAGUGGAUUACGGCCAUGAACCAAGGGAACGGGGUCUCGACCUACGGACUAAAGGAAACACGGGAGGACCAGACCACGGACGAAAAGGCAGAGAAGGAACAGGCGUCGCGAAAGCAGGGGGCGGGCGACUCGAGCCCGGAAAACGACGACGACUCGAACCCCACCGUGAUCGCAGCGCGCCCCGUGGCCUCCGGCGGCUUCUCUACGUCGUCAGUGAGCGAGGAGUUUCUCAAGGAGCUGAAGCAGAUCGGGACGUCCUUCGAGCAGUCCAGAGCCAAAACGAAAAUGCUUGAGGACGACAUGAAGGACAACGAUGCCGACAAGGAAGCUGAGGUUGCGCCAAGCGGCGGAGACAAAGACAGCAAGGAGGUGUCCAACCGGCUUCUGAAGUUCCAGAUCACGGCGCCGCAGGCUGCUCCAGCAAGAAGCCGAUGUACUGCAGGGCACGGUCGCUGCGACUGCCGGAAGAAAAAGUGCAGGAACCAGAGGGCUUCUGGGAAGGCACACGAUGACGGCCAUCGCGUCUCCAAGUCUCGGUCGGGCAGCCGUCCCCGUCGUCACCGUCACCGGUCCGCCUCGUCGGCAGUCGACCGACGUGAGAUGCGCACAGACGAGCGCCCUGCGGUUCAAAAACACCCUGAUGGCGGGUCGGUUACUCACCGGCGUCAGAGGCACCACCACUACAGGCACCAGCGCCGGAUGCGCGACGGUGACUUCAGCGAUCGCGGUGCCCAACCUGCGUCCACGGUUCCCGAAGGACACAGGCGCUGCUGCCGGAGUCCAGCGGCCAGCGACUCCUGCUGCUUCAGAACAUCAGUGAAGCAUGCCUCAGAAGGAGACCAUCACCGCAGAAUGGGCGCAGAAGAGGACGGUGACGCACAAAAUGGCGCCCAACAGUCCCGCGGCGGAAGAAAAAGCGAGAAGAGAAGCAAAGCAUCGGGCGAGAAUGGCACUACGAAUCAGGCAGACGGGAAGUGCGGGGACGUCUUCAGCCGGUACCGCUCCAACUAUCGCUCGGUAGACACCGGCAGUUCCUCUUCGUCAUCGUCUUCCGAGAACGAGUGCGUCGAAAAGGUAGCUGCUACAAGGCGCAAGCGCGAAGGUGACUGUCCCAGUACGUUCACCUUCACGCACACCCGGGAGUCAUCCUCACCGAUCCGCAGCCGUAGAAAAAGCCGCGCUGGUAGCCGAGACAGGAGCCGUAGCAGCUCCAAAAGGCGCUGCGCCGACGGGCCCGUUGAGUCCACAGUCGAAAAGCACGUCCUGGAGCUCAAUUUUCCGCCUUCGCCGAUGAUGCGCAGCAUAUCCAACCUCCUGAAACUGCAUUGUCCUUGUCAGGAGAAUGUGGAGAACAAGGAAGACGAGGACAACGUCGACGACGAGGGUGACGGUGAUGAAGAGGAGAAUAAUGAGGACAGCACUGAACGCUUCGUGCACCGCAUGAAGCCGGGGCAGACUUGCGAGCUUCAAGGAGACAGUCAGGUGAUUCUGGUCUCGUUGCCGGAGCCUCACAAGUUGACGGUGGAGCACGUGAUCCGUAGUUCGAGCUCCCUCGUUGAGAAGGAGCGUUGCAUUUCACGGCAUCGGGAAAAAGCGGAGCGUGGCUGCGUGGAACGCGAUCGCAAGAUUUAUCAGCGCAAGAGCGGCACCCGAUGCGAAGAAACCGUUGAUACUCCCCGCUUCCGUCGCAAGCACAGUUAUGUCAGGCACACUAGAAGACUCAAGGGGCUGAACGCGUGCCAAGACGACCCGGCACCUCCGAAGACCGUCAAUCAGUGCUCGUCCUCCAGUAGCGACUCCAGCGAGGACGACGAGCCUAACGACCUGCCCUACAGCAAGGAGAAGGGCACGGAGGAAGUCGUGGUGCGACCAGUCAUCAAGAGCUCGCGGCACAACCGAGGAGGAGGUCGCGAGGAAUUUGCGGACGGGCGUUCUAGCACGCAGCGCGAGCUCAGGGUGACCAUACCCAAGGUCGGCUCCGGAGAGACCAGCCGGAACAGGUCGUCGGGCCUUCGAAAGACGAAGAGGUCCAGCAAGGCGUCGUCCGCAGACAGCGAGGCACGCGGCGACAAGUGCGGCGAAGGAGCGGGGGAGGACAACACUCUGCGCAUCGUGUUCACCGACUCCCGGUUGAACACCGAGCUGCGCUGCAUACUGCAAGAGCGUUCGAACCCCAGUCGGGAAGGGAGGCGCGAUCCGGGCCGCACGCCGCACCCGCAGAGGCGCAGCGGUGGACCACGUGACACGCGUCGUCAGCAGGUGAACGCUCGGAAGGCCAGCGAAGACAACACCGAUACCGACAGCGCGAGGGGAAGCACCAUCCGGAGGCAGCACUGCGGCUGUGCUCCGAUGACCCAGCGUCAGCGCUCCCGCCACGGUGGGCAAGACUCGGACGUCGUGUCCAGCAGCUAUUACUCGUCCACGCACGAGUCCAGCGUGGCGCUGAACGAGGCGACGAAGGCCGGCAGCGGGUGCACACUGUGCCACACCAUCCGCGCCAUGAGCGCCAAAGAGCGCCCCUGGCGGCGGAACUGGCAGCGAAGCAAACACGCCCACCGAUGACGUCGGUUGGAGUGGCCGUUAGCAGAUCGGCGGCGCGCAUCAGCGGGGGACGUUCGCGUUUUGUUGAACGGAUUUGGUCAACGGAAAGUGCUCGAGCAGCGGGCACAGGCCUGAACCUGGCGCCUAUAGAAGCCUGCGCUUGCACCUAAUGAAACGAAAUGGAAUAGGCUCCAGAGGCUUGACACGUUAGUGGACUCUGAAUUCGCAAGUAAAGGUAAAGGUAAAUUUGGAGGAUGAGGCAAAGUAUAAGCUUAAUCUAUUUUUAUGAAUGAGUGUUGGACAUAACGCCGUGCAAUUGAUCUGAGAUAAACGAAACAUUGUUACUAAGACUUAUGGAAAGAUUACGGCCACGUAAUGUCCGUGGAGGUUCGGAAUAAUACUAUGAUAUGAAGAUCUAUAGUGAUGUGACAAGCAAUUUGCGGACCAUUUUUAGUGUUCGCUUUUAGCGUUCACGAGUGAGAUGGACGAUGUUAAUAGUGUAAUUAAGCUGGCCAUUAAUUCUAAACGUUUAACUUUGGCUGUAUUGCCAUUGUAUGUAUACAACGCUUUUGCUUGA